CAUGUCGUGGCUGUUCGGGCUCAGCCGCGGGGCCGCCCCGGGAGGAGGCGGCGGGGAUGGAGGGGCCGGCGCGGGCCCCGGGGUGGGGGGGAGCGGCCUCUCCCUGCCCCCCGCCCCCGGCGGGGCCGCCGCUGGAGGCGCCGGGGACCGCCAGGCGCCCAAGGACAAAUGGAGCAACUUCGACCCCACGGGCCUGGAGCGGGCGGCCAAGGCGGCGCGGGAGCUGGACGCGUCCCGCCACGCCAAAGAUGCCCUCAGCCUUGCCCAGAUGCAGGAGCAGACCUUGCAGCUGGAGCAGCAAGCCAAGCUCAAGGAGUAUGAAGCUGCCAUAGAGCAACUGAAGAACGAGCAGAUCCGGGUACAGGCAGAGGAGAGGAGGAAAACACUCAGUGAAGAAACCAAACAGCACCAAGCAAGAGCCCAGUACCAGGACAAGCUGGCACGGCAGCGCUACGACGAGCAGAUGCGACAGCAGCAACUUGCUAAUGAGGAGAAUCUGAGGAAGCAGGAAGAAUCUGUGCAGAAGCAGGAGGCCAUGAGGCGUGCUACUGUGGAGAGAGAGAUGGAGCUGAGGCACAAGAACGAGAUGCUGCGAGUGGAGGCCGAGGCCAGAGCCCGCGCCAAGGCGGAGCGGGAGAACGCGGACAUCAUCCGGGAGCAGAUCCGCCUCAAGGCCGCUGAGCACCGCCAGACCGUGCUGGAGUCCCUCAAGACAGCUGGGAUGCUCUUUGGGGAAGGAUUCCGUGCUUUUGUAACAGACUGGGAUAAAGUUACAGCCACGGUGGCAGGUCUGACCCUGCUGGCAGUGGGGGUUUACUCUGCCAAAAAUGCCACUGCAGUAGCGGGCAGAUACAUUGAGGCACGGUUGGGCAAACCUUCCCUGGUGAGGGAAACCUCCCGGAUCACUGUGCUGGAAGCUUUGAAACAUCCUAUCAAGGUUGGUAAACGUCUCACCAGCAAGGCUCAGGAUGCCCUUGAAGGAGUUGUUCUCAGUCCACAGUUGGAAGCUCGUGUGAGAGACAUUGCCAUAGCAACCAGGAACACCAAGAAGAACAAAAGCCUGUACAGGAACAUUCUCAUGUACGGUCCUCCUGGCACUGGGAAGACUCUCUUUGCCAAGAAAUUAGCUGUGCACUCAGGCAUGGAUUAUGCCAUCAUGACAGGAGGGGACGUGGCCCCCAUGGGGCGGGAGGGGGUCACAGCCAUGCACAAACUCUUUGACUGGGCCAACACCAGUAGGAGAGGCCUCCUGCUGUUCGUGGAUGAGGCGGACGCGUUCCUGCGGAAAAGGGCCACGGAGAAAAUCAGUGAAGAUCUCAGAGCAACUUUAAAUGCAUUCCUGCACAGAACAGGGCAGCACAGCAACAAGUUUAUGCUUGUUUUAGCAAGCAACCAGCCUGAGCAGUUUGAUUGGGCUAUCAAUGACAGGAUAGAUGAGAUGGUGAACUUUGAUCUGCCCCAGCUGGAGGAGCGGGAGCGGCUCGUCCGGAUGUAUUUCGAUCGGCACGUCCUGAAACCAGCCACAGAGGGCAAACAGAGGUUGAAGUUGGCCCAGUUUGACUAUGGGAAGAAGUGCUCGGAGAUCGCCAGGCUGACCGAGGGCAUGUCUGGCAGAGAGAUCUCACAGCUUGCUGUAGCUUGGCAGGCAGCAGCCUACGCCUCCGAGGACGGCGUUCUCACCGAGGCCAUGAUCGACGCCCGCGUGGCCGACGCUGUGCAGCAGCACAGGCAGAAGAUGGAGUGGCUGAAAACAGAAGGUGCUGAAGAAAACAAAGGGACUGGUGGGAACCCCCUGCUGCCCUUCCCCAGAGGAACCCCGGUGUGAGAAGUCUGCAGGGCUUCGGACCAGCGCGCGUGGGGCUGAGGCCCCGGGAGAGAGCUGGGAGGGUCUUGUGGUUCGGUGGGAUGGUCGGUUGGGAGAGGUGUGUCCUUUGGUGCAAGGGAAGGGGUGCUGCCUCAGCCUGCCUUGGAUCUCGUGGUUUUAAACUGCUCCAGAGAGCAACGUGGUUUAAAGGAGGCAGAAGCAACUGAAUUAAAGGACCCCUUUGCUGAAAUACCA